AUGACAUUUCUCAGAUGUCUGACGCUGGCUCUGCCAGCAUACAUAGCACGUGCUGCGCGCGCAGCGGUGGAGGAAGGGGCCAUAGCGCAAGAUGCAAAAGAGCAAUACAGUGAAGAUGCUCAAGGCUUCUAUGACCACUGCCGGAGCAUUGCAGAAGCCGAGUGUCUGACCACGGAUGGCUGUGUCUGGAAGCAGCGACGGUUUGGUCGAUCCAGCUGUAGCUCAACCUGCAUGGACCACAACGAGUCAACAUGCCCGGGCAUAACCUGUCGUUGGGCGACAAAUCUCCGUUUCAGCUCUGACAAAUGCAUUCCUCGCCAAGACUCGGAGGCGUGUGCAGUUUACUUCCCGAAGGGGAAGCGAGAGUGCAUGGUGCAUGAUUGCAGAUGGCAGCGCUCUGAGAACAGCACAGCUGGGGCAUACAAGACUUGCGUACCUAAAUGUCAGCGCUACCCUGCCGCUGAAUGCCCGAGGCCCGAGUGUAUGCUAUCGGGUGGAUCUUGCCUUGCCAAGGUGCCCCACUCUCUGCCCUCUGACGUGCAGGUUACAACGUUCCGUGACUGCAAAGGAUUGGCCAAAGCCGCGUGCGCUGGUUUAGGAGACUGUGCCUGGGAGCAAAGAAGGUUCAGCCGGUCCACUUGUCGCUCUACAUGCCUGGACCACAACGAAUCCACCUGCCCAGGCGUAGCAUGCCGCUGGAUGAGGCACACAUUCAGCAAGGACACAUGCCUCGCACGUGAGGCGUCGGAUGCAUGUUGGAAGUACCAUGAUGACAAGAGAAGUUGUGUAAACAGGGAUUGCGAUUGGAUAUCGACUGGCUACGUUGACAUCUCAUACAGCUACUGCGUGCCAAAAUGUUUUCGCUACAGCGCAGCAAGCUGUCCUGAUCCGGAGUGUCAGCUGAAAGAGGGUCAUUGUCACCCCAAGCACUUGCCAAACGAGAUCCUGUGCCCCGACCUUACUCCAAAGCAGUGCGAGUACCUACUUCCUGGACAAUGUACCUUGCUUGAUCUUCCAAAACGCCGUUUUCAAAAGCUGCUUGGGGGAGUCUUCGGGCUUCGAGGUCACCAGGUCUGCGAAGCUCAUGAAACCAUUGAGUACCAACACAAGUUCCAGAAGCUUGUCAACAAGUCGGAGAAAGGUGCAAUGCCAGAUCUUCUCCCAACUUGCAGGAAGCACCAGACCCAAGAAAGUUGUGAGAAAGAAGAGCUGUGCGAAUGGAGGGUUUUCCAUUGGGAUAAGCGGAAGCAGGGCCAAGCUCGAUGCACAGUUCGAUGGCAAAGCGACGCUUUCAUACAGACCAUGGCCGUCGCAGAAGCCGGCCGCCUAGGCAAGCUCAAGGCGUAUGGUGUUGGUGGGCUGCUGACUUUGCUCCCGAGCUUCGCGGUCGGAGCAGGGUUCGGGGCAACGAUGGUAAGUCUUUUCAUGAUGUUCGUGAAGAUUGCCAGUCUCUUCGGCUUGGCGCUCGGACCAGGAAACGUGCUCUUUGCGGUGUGUGUGGUUCUCGGGGUGUUAUGGACCCUCGGCAUACUUACAGUUGGAGUGGGCCUGCCAGUGGGUAUUGCGCACUCAUGGGGCAUCGAGGCGUUUGAAGUUGCAAGCGAGGCCACCACCACGUGGAAGAAGGUGAAGGUGGCCUCCGGCAACUUUUGUCAAGAGCUCUUCGCCGGGUUAAGUCCUUUGGAACCAAACUCGGUACGAACUGUCUCAGGCAGAUUGGUUAAUGCCGAAGGCGAUUGCGCAGAGAAGCUCUCCGGCAAUGGUUCAAGGGUUUACUCUGCAGGGCCUGAACACAGCAGGCCUCGGUGGAUGAAGGCCACGGACAACCUGUGCAAGGACUUAUGCAUUGAUCUGGUCGACACGAUCCAUCACAACAUGGCAAACAUCAUGAUUGCGGGUGGCACGAGAAAGCUGCUGCAGGCCUGUGCGGCUAUGGCCAUCCAGCCCGUGGAGUCUCACAUCCUGGGCUGUUGUGCCGCAUCAUGUGGCUGGAAUGCAACGACUCAAUUCUGUGAGAAUUGGUUCUUCAUGCGCUCGGAGGAUAGGGCGGUGUGGAUGGACGAAUGUUGCAGCGAGAUACAGAUUGUGAAUGGCUCAAAGCGACAGGUGAUGUGCGACAGCUUGGCCACUCGCGAGGAGCAGGCCAAGAUGAGGAGCACAGAUGAGCCAGAACGAGUUCCGGAUCAGAAGUUCCUUUUCGGCUACAGCCCUGCAGAGGACGACAGCAACAUCACUGGGUUUGUUGGGAAGUUGCGCUCUGGGGUCAUGCGACUUUUGAAAAAGUGGAAAUGGCUGAUCGGUGCGAAGCACAACCAGACCGCAUCUGCCCAGGAAAUGAUUUCCGGUGACUUGCCGGAUGAGCUUGCUCCGGCUUCCAGUAUUCAACUGGAGGAGGAGCAGGGCAAUGACGUCCACGGUGUGGACCAUCAUUCGGAAGACGUAACAGCCACGUGCCAAGAAAAAUUGAUGCAGAAGAAGCAGUGCGAGCAGCUGACCACACAAGCUCAAAGGGCCUGCAAAGUAAGAUCCGGCUGGACCCCCACGAGCCCUCCCAAGAAUCCUUUGUGCAAGCGCGAGUCCACGGAAGUGGUUGAUGCAAGCCAGUGCCUCAGCUGGAGUGCAAAGGUGGACCAGGCGGUGAGGGCGAACUUCGAGGUGAAGUCUUUCUCAGCGAAAGCGGGCUACAACCUCAUGUGUUAUGCGUACACAGCGGAAACUUUUCUUAAGUGCCAUACAUACGAUUGGGAUAGCAUUCCCGCAUCCAACCUCCAAGUUGCAGACGGGGUCAAGCACUUUGCCUUCACUUUUGACCUGCAAAAUCUGCGCAAACUGCUGUAG